CGAGGGCAGGCACAAGGGUUCCUCUCGUCCUCUCAAUGAAAAUCUCCUCCAGGGUUUGUUAUUGAUUCCUCCGAUGCAAUUUUCCGGGUCGUUGAUUAAUCCAUGAUGCAAUUUUCCGGGUCGGGCAUGUGGAUCAGUGCUGGGUUUUGUUUCUAAAGGCGUAAAGUUUUGAGCUUUACGGAAAAAGUUCUGACCUUUCUUGUUCUCGUGAUUCGAUAGCUCUUUGGAUCAAAUAUAGAGUGGAUACAAAGUUUGAGACUUUUUGUUUUGUUUCACCGUUUUGGUAAGAGAGGUUUGCUUAAGGAAGGGAUAUGGUAUAGAGCUUUGUUAUUUGCAAGGAUUUUGCUUUCAGUGUCUGAUUAACUUUUGGGGAAAACAGUUUUAAAUUUUGAAGAUGGAGAAGGAGAGUGUGAGUGAUGAUGGAUUAUACCCUAAUGAGCCUUUUGGUUCCGAGUUGGAAACUGAGGAGAUCACUGCUCAGUCUUUAAAUGAAGACUUUACGGUUGAGAAAGGUGAAGGGAGUGGUGUGGUUUUCGCCAGAGAGGCACCUCUUAGAGGUAAUGACCAAGCUACAGCUCCACCAGGGAAAGGCUUUGGUUGUAGUGCGAAGAAACUGAAAUGCAGUGGUGGUGAUGUUGAGGUUCUCGAGAGUCUAGGGAAAGAGAAGAAGCUUAGUAGACAGGAUAGGAUCGAACUGGGACGACUUUUUCAAAGUGCUACUAGCUCACAGGAUUGGGAACUUUCUGAGAGGAUGAUUGAUUUGGCUGAUCUGCAAACUUUGAAUGAUUUGUUGUGUAUUAGUCUAGAUUCUAUUUGGUUCUUGAGCACUGAGGGGGAGUUGAGGGGUAUCACUGGAUUGAUUGCAAAGAUCAUAUGUCAUGGUGCUCAUGACUAUACUAGAGCUACACUCAGGACUUCGUUUCUUGCUUCAUGUGUCUCUUCUUGCCGUAACCGGACAGUGAGUCUUUCUGAUAGUGUAACUGUAAUGGCUCAAAGGUUGCACGAGCGUCUUCAAGAGUGUAACGGUGAUGAGGUUCUUAAAGCAGAAGCCAGUGCCAAAGUUCAGAAGUUUACUGAAUGGGCUCUCAAAUGCAUAGGUUUCCACUCUCGAUGCCAGGGUCCUAGAGAAAAGUCUAACCAAGACUCUGCUGCUGAGAUCCAACUCCAGCUCUCUGCUUUCAAGACGUUCUUAGAUCUUGCAGGAAACCAUUUGACAGGAAAGGAUUUCACAGAAGCCUUUGAUGCAGCUUGCUUCCCGCUUACUCUGUUCUCUACCUCUUUUAAUCCUGGCUGGGCUUCUGGAAUAUCAGCUACUGUUAUACAUGGGUUGCUCGGUAUGCUGGUGGAAGGAGGAGCAGAUAACGUGAAUCAGUGCUUUCUUGAAGCUUCUCGUUUUGGUAGCACAGAGCUUGUACGCAUCUUGUUGCAGAUUGCUCAGAGGAAUAGCUUAGACGUGGAUGUUGACUUAGCACUUGGUUUUGCUUCCCAUUAUAGUAAGAUUGAAACGAUGGACUGCCUUGUGGAAGAAGGUCACGCAAUGGCUUUCUUGGGUCCAUUGAUGAGAGCAGCAGAGAGAGGUUGCAUGCAAGUUGUUGAAUGGUUUGUGAAAAGAGGCUGUCGUGAAAUGGAGCUAUGCUUAGCUCUCACAGCCGCCACUUCGAGUAGCCAGGUCGAGAUCGCAGCUUAUCUUCUUCCUCAUGUACCAAGACCCGUCCUCACUGCUCUCAGCAUCGAAAUCCUCAAAGCAGCUGGCGAAAGAAGCGAUGGUUCUCUCUAUGGAGUAGAGUUUCUUCUCAAAUCAGAUUUCUUGGGAGAUCCGGUAGCUACUUAUUCAGUUGCAAACACCAUUGCAAACUCAGAAGACGAGUCUGUGCCUUCAGAACUGAGAUCGUUUCUCCAAGAACAUUGGUCAGAGGCUGCUUUCAACAAUGGAUUAAAGGAAAGCCGAGAUAACUUCAUGAACUUCAUGAGGGUUUUGAAGAUUGGAGAGUCUGCUAUAUGUUUGAAGGAUCUCCCAGGUCCAUUGAGAGUUGCAGUCGCUUACAUGCCACUGUACAGAGAGUGUGUGAAAGCAGGAGGAAUGUUGCUCUCACAGAGAUUAAGAGGACAGCUCAUGGAAGCAGCGAGGCAGCUUCAAGGCUUAGAUGUGGACACAGAGGAAGUAUACAAAGGUCAUCAUCAUCAGCUCAUGGCGGUAUUGGAGCAUCACCUCCCUCUUUUUUUGGUCAAAGCUUCUUCACACUGAGACAUCUGGGUUUAACCUUGGCCAUUUGCUUUAAAAUAAGAACGGAAUAAACAAUCAUAUGCCUCUACAGAUUUGGAACCGGAUCCAGGGUUUGGAUAUGAUGAAAGGAGCUUUGUAUAAACUAACUUCCUAUGAGAAUGUCUUUACACAUGGAGGAGAUGAAUAUCCAAAACGUUUUUUUAUAAUAUAUUAUUUCAACUAAAAAAGAAAUAAAGACAGUCUUGCUUCUGUCUCUGACUUUGAAUCCCAUCUACAAACCCAUUAAUUGACCAAGUCAUGCAAAGUGUAUAGUAAUAUUGCAUCUGAUAACAAGUUUUACAAAUGAAAUAGUUAUACAAAAUCUCUUCCUCUGAAACCUUAUGUAAUGACAAAACAGAAAACGUUAUGUUACAUAUAAGUGUUUGUUGUUACAUGUUUGGCAUUAUAAUAAGAAGAAGAAGGCAUUAAAGCAAGAACCAUAAGCAGAACCAUAAUCCCAAUAGGAAUGAGAAGCAGCAUGAAAGGAGGAGGAGGCAAUGGUGGAAGAAUCAAAGGAAGGAUCAAGAGAGAUGCUGUGAGACCAACAAGGACAACCAUUGACUCUAAACUGAAGUAACUUGUCGUUAUUAGCUUCCUCGGUCUGUUGCUCUGAGAGGAUGACAAUGUACGGAUAUAUUCUUGAUUACUCAUCAUAGGAGGAGCUUGAGAUGAUCCGCGGAAACUCAUGCCGUUUUGGUUAUCUCUUCUCGUAUCCAUGUUUUUUCUUGUCAGGGGUUGAAGAAGAAGAUUUUCUUGAGAAAGCAGAUUACAUGUGUUCUUAGAGCUAAACUUCUUGAGCAAAGAAACUUUGAAACCUUUCUUUGUAAGGAAAAUACAGAGGAAGAAGAGAUAGAGUUUGGUAUAAAAGCUGGUGAGAAGAUAUAGAAGUGAAGAAGAAGAAGAAGGCAAGUAUUCAUUCAAAAGAAAGGAAGAAAAUAAAUACUCUCU